AAGCUCUGUCCCUUUUUGGAAGUGGGGGUGGAACUUGCAAAAGUUCUCAUCACGCUCAUGCCACUGCCAACCUUUUCUUUCUCUUUCUUUCCUUGCUUCAAUCCUACCAUGAAAAGAAAAAAGAAUUUCUGUAACAGCAGUCAGGAAAACAUCAGUCCCACAAGUGAAAAAUCUGUGUGAAGAUUGCAAUUCAGUUUCGGUCAUGAAGCUCUAUCUUUGUUGUAUUCUCGUUCUGUUGGUCAAUCAUAGAAGUUGUGACUCCUUCAUUCAUGUUGGCCAUAGGAUAAGCCUUGCAGUCCCUUUAGAAUACAGUGCUGGAUUCAUUGGGAGAGCUUUCCUGAUUGAUGGUAACCAGGUGGAACCAAAUUUUAGAGUUGCAUUGAGUGCUGAAGCUAUCAAGGGGAAAUAUUCAUGCUCCUUGGAAAUUUUUCUAGGAGAUGUGAAGGUAUGGAAUUCUGGCCAUUACUCGCAGUUUUACACCUCUGAAGUAUGCGUGCUUGAGCUUACUGAAGAUGGAGAUUUACAGCUGAAGGGUGCGAAAGAGAGACUAGGAUGGCGAACCGGGACUUCUGGACAAGGUGUGGAGAGAUUACAAAUCCUGAAGACAGGUAAUCUAGUCCUUGUCGAUGUUUUGAACCAGAUAAAAUGGCAGAGUUUCAAUUUUCCAACGGAUGUAAUGCUCUGGGGACAGAGACUAGAUGUAGCUACUCGGUUGACUUCAUUUCCAAGAAACUCAACUUCAUUCUACACUUUUGAAAUCCAACACAACAAGAUUGCUCUCUAUCUGAAUUCUGGUAAGUUGAAGUACUCUUACUGGGAAUUUAAGCCUCCCAAGAACAGAAAUAUCACAUUUGUUGAAUUGGGUUCUAAAGGGUUAGAGUUUUUCAAUGAUAAACAUAAAAAAAUCGCGCAGAUUGCAUCUUGGAGAAUUCAGCCCCUGAGGUUUUUAGCACUGGGAAAUAAGACGGGAAAUAUAGGACUCUAUUUUUACUCACCUAACACACAAAAGUUUGAAGCCUCAUUUCAAGCCCUCAAUUCCACCUGUGACCUUCCUCUAGCAUGCAAGCCUUAUGGUAUAUGUACGUUCUCCAAUGCUUGUUCAUGCAUACGGCUUAUAACAAAGGAGAAUGACAUGAAUUCUGAUUGCAAUGAGGGAACUUCAAGACAGCUCUGUGGCGGAUCUCAGGUAGAGAUGCUUGAAUUAAACGGUGUCAGUAGUGUCCUCAGAGAUGCUCCCAAAAGGGUUAAUGUCAGCAAGACAGCAUGUGCAAGUUUGUGCUUGGAUGACUGUAAAUGUGUUGCUGCAUUAUAUUCCUCCGGAAAAGAGGCCACAAAUUUUCAAGAAUGCUCUCUUUACAGGCUGGCUGCAGGAAUUAAACAGGUUGAAAGAGGAACAGGAUUGAGUUAUAUGGUAAAGGUUCCAAAAGGAACCAGGGACAAUCAUAACAAGCCUAGUGUGAAAAAAUGGGUCUUGAUUGUCGUGGGCGUGGUCGAUGGUUUAAUAAUCAUACUGUUUCUGGCAGGGCUUGCUUACCAUUUGAUUCAAAAAAGAAGAAAAAACUUAUCAGGUACUGACAAUAAUACUUGACAGCAUGUGUUUGUUCAAUUUCUUAUUGACAAUUCCAAACCACAUUGUAGUUCUUUUCUGUUAACUAGGACAAGAAAACACAAAUUUGGUUGUUUUUGGCAUGCUGUUCAUAGAUAGAGUUAUGCAAUUACACCACAAAUAUUAUAAAUAUCAGUGAUAGCUGGAAUCAUAUUGCAGUAAAGCAAUUUUUAAGAUCAUUACAUCCCAAACCUAACAUUAGAUCCUCUUCUUUAUUCAAUGUCCGACUGCAGUCAGUAAGAAAUAGCCAGAGAAGAUGAA